UCCUGAAGCAGGGCCGGCCGUUUCCGGAAGCGGAUAGCUGCCCCGUCGGUCAGACGGUGUCUAGCGACCGGGCAGUUGCGGUCGCAUCGUUUCAUUUUACGGUCCCCAGAGGUCGGGAAAAGGAAAUGGCCCUGCUUUGCUACAACCGCGGCUGCGGCCAGCGCUUCGAUCCCGAAGCCAACGCGGACGAUGCUUGCACUUACCACCCUGGUGUUCCAGUCUUUCAUGAUGCACUGAAGGGUUGGUCUUGCUGUAAGAGAAGAACGACUGAUUUUUCUGAUUUCUUAAGCAUUGUAGGCUGUACUAAAGGUAGGCAUACUAGUGAGAAGCCACCUGAACCAGUCAAGCCUGAAGUAAAGACUACUGAGAAGAAGAAAGAACUAUCUGAAUUGAAACCCAGGUUUCAGGAACACAUCAUUCAAGCCCCUAAACCAGUAGAAGCGAUAAAAAGACCAAGCCCAGAUGAGCCAAUGACAAAUUUGGAAUUAAAAAUAUCUGCCUCCUUAAAACAAGCACUCGAUAAACUUAAACUGUCAUCAGGAAGUGAAGAAGAAAAGAAAGAAGAAGAUGGUGAUGAAAUUAAGGUUGGGACCUCAUGUAAAAAUGGAGGGUGUUCAAAGACAUAUCAGGGUCUGCAAAGUCUAGAAGAAAUCUGUGUAUAUCAUUCUGGAGUACCUAUUUUCCAUGAGGGAAUGAAGUACUGGAGCUGUUGUAGGAGGAAAACAUCUGAUUUUAAUACAUUCUUAGCCCAAGAGGGUUGUACAACAGGAAAACAUGUGUGGACAAAAAAGGAUGCUGGAAAAAAAGUUGUUUCCUGUAGACAUGACUGGCAUCAGACUGGAGGUGAAGUCACCAUUUCAGUCUAUGCUAAAAAUUCACUUCCAGAACUUAGUCGAGUAGAAGCAAAUAGUACAUUGUUAAAUGUACACAUUGUGUUUGAAGGAGAGAAGGAGUUUCAUCAAAAUGUGAAAUUAUGGGGUGUGAUUGAUGUAAAGCGAAGUUAUGUAACUAUGACUGCAACUAAGAUUGAGAUCACCAUGAGAAAAGCUGAGCCCAUGCAGUGGGCAAGUCUUGAACUGCCUACCUCCAAAAAGCAGGAAAAACAAAAAGAGAUCACAGAUUGAAUGGGAAAAAGCAAAAGCUGUGGCGAUUUCAGAAUACUUAGUAGUGUGUAAUGAAGUGGUGGCUUGCUGCUGUAAUCUUUUUGUUGUUUUUAAAUCUGGCAUUUCAGGGUCAACAUGUGAGGUUCUCAAAGCCAAAGUCAUUUUCUCUUUCUGUGCCUCUCAUCUUCCUUUUAAGUUCUGUAAUGUUGAUUAUUCAUUUCUCUUCGCUGGUUUGGACCCCAGCCUUGAAGAAGUUGGAGAAUUGCUAAAUAGUGUCAUUACAGUAUUUCCUAGUACUUCUAUUAUGUUGAAUAGUGAAAUAAAAGGCACCUUUGUCUUUUUCACGCCUCUUAACCCAUAAUUAGGAAUUGAGAUGAAAUGUUUAAAUUUCAGUUUGUUCAUGGAUCUUUGUUGUAUAAUGUUCGAAGAUAUAAAAGAACUUUGUUGUUUCCCUAUGGUAGUUAAUUCUUUUUAGGACUGAUACUAAGAUAGUAAAUAGGAAGCUAAGGGAGAAAUAUGGCUACCAAAUGAGAAUUUGUUUACAGUCAAUUUAAUUUAAAAACCAUUACUUGCCAAAUGGUAUGAUUUGAAAGGAUAGGGACGUAGAUAAGGUUAUUGAAGUAACAAUUUAUUUAAAAUUCACCAUUUAUAAAACUAAGCAAUAAUGUUUGUUUUUUUUUUAAAGUGUUUGUUUUUGAUUUGGUGCUGGUUAUUGAACUUAGUUAUUAUUAGCACCUUGCGCUUUCUAGUAAAGUGCUCUUCCACUAAAUCCCCAACCACUAUUUAGAUAUCUCUAUAUGGUAUACCGACUAAAUUAUUCCUGAUUUGUAGUCUAAAUAAGCCCUCUUAUAUUAAUUAAUCGAACAUAAAAAGAAUUUUUUAUGUAUUUGGUCUCCCUGCUAGGAAAAUUGCACCCAUAAAAAUCCUAAAUCUUAAGGAUUUUUGGAAAAUACAUUAAAUUAUAGCAAAACUGAAUAUAUAACACUUGGUUUAUGGCAACGUGUAUUCCAUGUUAACUAAAUAAAAGACAAUAGUUCUUUUGGAGUUUUGGGUUUUUGUUUUUGUUUUUUAGGCUUCUAUGAAGACCUUGACAAUUUUUUAAUACAAUGCUGAUUUAUAUGUUGUACCUUGUUUUUAUUAAAUGUAGAUGGAAUAGAAUUUUGAUUAUUUGAGCCUAUUAGAUUCAUUAAUGCAUAGGUUACUUUUUGAGCUCAUUCUAAUAAGCUCAACAAGGAAAUUUAAAUUUAGGAUUGUUACAAAGGUCAAAAGUCUGACAGAACUUAAUAAAUUUGGGGAUUAUGGGACUAAUAGAUAUAAGAAAGAAAAAAGUGAGGGGUUAUUUUUCAAGUCACUUGGAGGUUUUCUUUGUAUUAAUGGAAGUCUAUAAGAAAAAGUAAAGUGGAAGUAGUAUUUUAGUAGUUUCUAUUCUACUAGUAGGAGAUAACUUUUACCAGUAUUCCAUUACCAAUGUUAAUGUAAUUUAGAGAUCUAGCUCAGUCACAGGCUUGAAAACAAAAGGUCUGACAACUGGCUUUUCCUGAUAAUAACAUGAAAAGAAAUUUUUGGAAGUAAGAAUUGUAUCCAAGUUUAGUUCUGAUAGAGAUGUAUUUAAAGUUUUACAAUUGCCUUUUAGAUUUAGAAACAUGAGUUCAUUUAGAGGCAUGAGUCUUGAUUUUAUUUGGAAUAAUGGCUAUACCUUAUAAAUGCCUACUUUUUGAGAAUGUUCUUCUCUGAACAGUAUCCUACUCUGUUAUGAUUAAACUGUUAAACAAGUAAAACAUUCUAAUUUUAGACUUAGUUGCAAGGCACUGUUUUUUUCCUGAUUCAGCUGUGUUAUAUAGACAUUAGUGACCAUUUAUUUCUUACUCCUGAGAAUCUCUGAAUGUGCUGUCCAUAUAAUUCAAGUGAAAUUUACCUUAAACUCUAAAGUUACAUUUCAUUAGGUAGAAUGUUUCGGUGCCUCAACAUGUUCAUAACUGUUAAUAAAACUGCUUAUUAAUUUUACUGAAA